AUGAACGCUUCUAGCGUUUGUGUUGCAGAUGCAGAUGCUCUUUUUGGUCCUCGGGUCGAUCCAUGUCGUAGACAAUUCGACUUCACGUUACUUUUCGAGCAGAGUGUUUUCACCGUCGGGCCAUCCGCAAUAUUUAUCGUACUUCUUUCUCUGAGAAUACCGAAGCUAUAUCGGGAGAAGAGAAAAACACUGCCGAAUUCACUUUGGGGUUUUAAAUUGGUGGUAAUAUCAGUGAUUUUAUGUCUUCAAAUUGCUCUUUUAGCAUCGUGGAUAGUUUCUCAGGGUCAGCAGACACCCGUAUCUGUUCCAGCAACCGUGCUGUCAGUAAUUGCCACUAUUGGUCUCGCAGCAUUAUCGAACCUGGAGAAUAAUCGAUCUAUACGCCCUUCAUUAGUAAUUUGCACUUAUCUUCUUCUUUCCACGCUAUUGGAUAUAGCUCAAGCAAGAAUACUUUGGUUGCAACACGGAAACGCAGCAUUGUCGGCAUUAUUCACAAGUAGUGUGCUAGCCAAAGCAGUUCUACUAUGUCUCGAAGCAUUCGAGAAAAGAUCUUUUCUCAAAGAUCCCUACAAUAGAUACCCACCAGAAGCUUUGGCAGGAGUUAUAAAUACGAGUCUUUUCUGGUGGCUCAAUACACUCAUCCAGAAUGGUCACAGAAACCUGCUCAGUCUUGGUGAUCUCUUUGACACCGAUAAAGCCCUGUCAUCUUCUUCCCUAGGGACAAAGAUGCAAACUGCAUGGCGAAAUCAAUCGCCCAAUGGAAAAUAUUCUCUCCUCUUCGCUAUUCUUACAAUCUUCAAAAUCCCUCUACUCACACUCAUAUUUCCGCGUCUUUGCCUAAUCGGAUUCAAAUUCUCUCAGCCAUUGCUCAUAAAUCGAGCCAUCUCGUUGAUUGACAAUCCCGAAACGCCGGGAAAUCAAAAUAUCGGAUAUGCAUUGAUUGGUGCAACAGCUCUUAUAUACCUUGGGCUGGCUAUUAGCACUGCCCAAUACCAACACCAGAUAUUCCAAGUCAUCACCAUGAUUAGAGGUGGAUUAGUCUGCAUUAUUUAUAAUGUAACGCUAUCCCUCGAUGCAAACUCUACAGGCAAUUCUGCUGCAGUCACACUGAUGAGUACAGAUAUAGAACGUAUUGGAACUGGAUUCAGUAGUGUCGAUAGUUUAUGGGCUGGUCCAAUCGAAGCAGGAAUCGCAGCAUAUUUAUUACAGCGAGAAAUGGGUCUAGCCUGUAUCGCACCUGUCAUUAUUUCACUAGCAUGCACGAUUGGAGCAUUUUCCAUCAUGAAAUGGGCAAAACAUACUCAGAGGGAAUGGGUCGAGGCGGUUCAGAAACGCGUUACAAUCACAUCAUCAGCACUUAAAUCGAUCAGGGGAAUCAAGAUGCAGGGACUCACAACACGAUUGUCCGAAGACUUGCAGGAGCUUCGUGUCCAGGAACUCGAGUAUGCGAAGCCGUUUCGUAGGAAUAUUAUUGCCACGGCAGUGUCAUCUAAUGUCACAACCCUGUGCGGACCGGCUAUAACGUUUAUUGUCUAUAUUCUUAUUCAAAGAACCAAGGAUGCGGCAACGCUGAAUAUUGGACAGGCUUUCACGAGUUUGUCUCUGAUUUCGUUAUUGAGUACGCCGGUUUCGGAAUUGGUUCAGACGAUUCCUACGUAA